CCUUCCGGACGAUGGCUUUUUUUUUCCCCUUCCCGUCGUCCCUUGGGCUGGACAUGGUGGCUCUUGGAGUCCGUUGAAGGCAAGUGUCUGACAGUUAGUAACUACACUAACGGGGCUCUUAUUUGAAACACUGUGGAUGUUCGCCGCGACGAGCCAACAAGCUCUGUGCAAUCCGGCUCGCGGCUGGCCCUGCAGAGCAAUGGAGGAGCUGGUUCAUGAUUUGGUCUCUGCUCUGGAAGAAACCUCUGAACACACAAGGGGAUGUCCAGAGUUUGGAGAUGAAGCAUCGCGGAGUUCAGCUGCUUGCCUUCUAAAGCGCCAGGCUAGGAAAAGGAGAGGCAAAAAGAGGCGGUCAGAAAGUGGACAUCAUAUCUGGGAGCAUGGCCACUGCAUGAGCGAAGGCUCUGAAUCUAGCUUGGAUGAGGCAGUCCGGGACUACAAAGAAAAUAACACUUACAGUGAUUCAGAUGACCAUUUGAUAGUUGCCAAACGUCUGUCUUCCCUGAAUGUAACAGCCAUUAGGGGAAAACGGCAUUCGUGGCAUGAGUCUGACUCUGUCACCGACAGUAACUUGGGUGGUAGAUCUUUGCGAAGGAGAAGGAAGGUCAAACGUAUGGCUGUAGAUCCACCAGCAGAGGUCAAUAAUGUACUUCACCUUCUGCCCCAGGGCAAAUCUCCAAUUUUGGACUUGGACAGACACCAGUCACAAUCAAACCAGCUCCGCUUCCAACUCCAAGUCCAGGAGAUCAGUAAGGACAAGAUCAUCAAGAGAAAACGGCUAGAAGUCCCAGAUGAUGGAGUUGUUGUGGAAAGUGAAGAAAUGUGCAAUACAAAUAAGAACAAAAUGGAGUAUGAGGAACAAAAAGGCUCAGAUGAUAACAUGAGUGACAGUGAAUCCAGUAGCCUCAGCAGUAGUGAUGCUGGCUUGUUUACCAACGAUGAAGGAAGACAAGGUGAUGAUGAACAAAGUGACUGGUUCCUUGAGGGUGAAUCUGGUGGUGCAUGUGGUAUUGCAGGGAUAAUUCCCUGGUGGGAGCAAGAUGACGCCCUGGAACUUGAGACAGAAUUGCCAGAUCCGGUAUUUGAAAGCAUCUUAACUGGCACCUUCCCACUCAUGUCGAAAACAGCUCAAAGAGGUUUUCAAGCGAGACUCACUCGACUGUCUGGAAUGGCAAAUAGAAAUGGCAGAAAGGAGUCCAGGAAGAUAUCCACAGAGAUUAACACUCCUGGGUCUGGCAGUAAUGAGAGACUUAGUCAUGUUUCCCAGAAUCCUCAUAACCAAGAACAAAAAAGCAUUCAUUUCGGAUCUCUGUGUACAGGAGAUAUCAAACGUAGAAGAAAAGCAGCACCUCACCCUGGACCUUCGACAGCAGGGAUUGUUGGUGAAAAUGCCCAGCCUAUCCCAGAAACCAACAUUGGCAACCAGAUGCUGCAAAGCAUGGGCUGGAUUCCUGGCACCGGUCUCGGACCAGACGGCAAAGGGCUUGCUGAACCCAUUAGAGCUUUACGGCGACCAAAAGGGGUUGGACUUGGCUUUUGCUGACAGGAAAAUACUCAGCUCAAUGGAAAGAACUCCAGCCCUAACUCAAAAGAAUGUGAAGACAAUGGUAUUUGUGGCCACAAAACUACGUCCUUCUAAAAUUAUCCUUAAUUUGUGUUUUGAAUUCAGCACAUGUGCUUAUUUUUGAGCAGUUGUCAAUGCUGAUUUACUGUAUUAAUUGUUACGGAGGUUUCUAGAUAUUAGGAAGUGAAUUUAAUUGCUGUACACUGAUACACAAGGUCAAAGGUUUUAGCAGCCAUAAUGCCAUUCUAUCCAAAAUGUGUCUGCAAGUUGGCUGAGGCUGCAGAUGUAAAUUUAUUAUGAAAUAUGGCAAUGGUCUGACUCUUCCAAUCCCCAUAACAUGAAUAUCUCUGAAUGAUUGGCAAGUUUGUCAUUAUAUUGCCACUGCUGUAUUGAAAAGAUAGAGAUAGAUGUUUUGAAUGGCAAUAACACUGCUGCAAAGAGACUCAGACUAAACACAACCUGUUCAGGCAGUUCAGAAAUAGUUCUAGUGAUUCCUUAAUAUCUGGAAACCUUUUUGUUUUUGUUGAAGUGAAUUUCUUUCAAAUUCCAUGUUGUGUUUCUUUCAUCUCAAACAAAAUUAUGUUCAUUACUUGAAAAUAAAAGGGUUUUAUUUGCAUGACAAAAAAGUGAAGAGAGCCUGAAUUGUUUAAUAUGCUAUUCACUGCAGAAUAUUUACUUAAAUUUCAGUUAAUUUCGUCUUGUCUGUUGAAUGUUCUAUCUUGCCAGAACUUUUACACAUGUCAAAUAGAAACCAUGUGUUACAAUGACCUACUUUGGUAAGGUUUUAGUUGCUCUGCCAUAUUGGAUGGUGAUCAGUGUGAUUAUACUGAGCAUUCGAGUAUUUCAGUCUGGAAAAGGAGAGCCACCAGACAGCUGAUUACUGAACUUGACCCUAUCUUGUUCUUUAAUCAGUUUAAUGUACUAAAUUCUAGUAAAUAGAACUGGUUUUAGAUUUCUUCUCAGAUUUCAGCAGCUAACAGCCUUUUUAAAAUCCUUACACAGUCCAGUUUCUGAACAUGCUGUGCAUUUUAGAAAUAUAACCUAUUUAAUGGCUGCUGUCUCAAAUCAGAUCUCUUGAUUUAGCUAAUUCACCCAUUAAUCUGUACUACAGUUUCCGAGAAAUUACCAAAUUUAAUGUCGUAAAUGAUAUUAAAUUUUUCAAAAAUCUGUUUUAUUAAACAGAAAACAGUUUUAAAUGUCUGAUCUAGAGUUAUAUUUCUUUCACAGAUUUUGUAGUGCUUUCUUGUCAUUUUGUUCUAUCGCAUAAGGCCACAGUACCAACACUUAUCUCAAUACAACAGCCAAGGUUCUGAACAUGUGUCUGAAACAUACUUCAGAUGUCACGCCAAAAAGCAUAUUCUACAGUCAAAACUGUGAUAUACUUUUAGCAGUGUCAUAAUUUGUGUAAUUUUUGUGCAGUUGCAAAUCAAGACAAGCUAUGUAAAAUGUUGCAUAAUGAUGAAAGGAUUACAAAGGUAAGAUCUAUACCCCCCCCACCCCAUGCGCAGUUUGUGCAAAGACAGUAGAUUCAGAAAACAUGCAGUAUUUGCAGGGAUUUCUGAGAUCAUAUGUAUAAAUAGAAAUUUACGUGAGGUUUGGGAUUUACUUAAUGCAGUAGCUAAUUAAAUUGAAAUUCAUGCUUCUUGAUUUCGCAAGUAAAAGUGAAUUUAAGCUCAUGUGAAAGAACUACAGUGAAAGGGACUGACAAUUCUGUUCUAAUUUUCAAUCUUUCUUCCCAUUUCAUUCCUGGGCUAAUUUAGUUUUGAAGUUUUUCCCCUUUUCUUAAUUCUAGCUGUUUGCAUCUAAAUUGCACUACCCUGUUGACGGUUUAACACUUUUCUAAUUCUUAAUGAGAGAAUGAUAUGAGAGCCCUUUAAUGGACCAAGAAGGGAAAAGCCAGUUUGAUGUUCCCUAGAAUGUGCAGUUAUUGUUUGAAAGGUGAUUUUUGUUAUCUUACAUUCCACAGAGUAUUAGCUUAAGAACAGAGCAGGCCUAUCUAUGUCAAAUGCCUUAAUUGGACAACUCUGCUUCGUGACAUAUCUUUAAAAAAACAGAGCUACAGGAUCAUCGGGCUGAAACAUGUGAUAUGAGCGAUAAAAGAAAAUCUGCCCUCUGUUAUAAAUGAGCCCAAUUAUAGGCAUAUUGUUAUUGCUCCAGAGGCAGUCAUUUUGCAUUCUGUGAGAAGUAAUGGAGUAAAUCACAAGCAAUUCUAAUGCAAAGAAAUGACAUAACAUUGGGACAUUAUGGUGUGCAAUAGAUCUGAAUUGACAAAAACUGCUUAAAACCAAUAUAUAAAAAACAGUAUUAUGUUAAUAACUAUUAUCUGGAAGGAUGAUUGGGAUAAUUUACCCAUAACAGGAUAGUUAUCUGUUGUUGAAAUGGUAUAACUGAUUUUUUUUUUAAGUACUGAAGCAUCUUAUGAAUGAAAAGGCAACAGGCCAAGUUUCCAGCCUAUCUUGCAUGUGUCUUUAAAGCCAGACCCUGUUUUGUUAGCAACGUUAUAUUGGAAAGAAAACUUGUAAUUAUGCAGUUUGAGCUUUUUCCUUCAGUCUAACAAUUCUGAUGAUGGCAUCAAACAUUCAGAGUCAGGAAUGAAGUUCAAGGUGUUUUCUCUCUUGAAUAGGGAAAUUCUCUCACAUCGUACUAUUGCUUCAAAUUCUAAUAAUGGUUUCAAUUGGAUAUCAUAAUUGCAUAUAAAUUGAUUUAUCUUUUAUAUUUUACGUAUUUUGUGCUUGUUCUUGCUUUAAAUGUGCAUCUAGUGAAAUGUCUUGUGCUUACUGCAAUAUGAUGUGUAAACCCUCAAAUUUCUCCGUAAGAAUAUCAUAUUCACAUAACAGUGUUAAGAAUUAGCAUUAUUUCUCUGCACGAAAUGUUUAAGAGAAUAUAGCUGUUCUUGGAUUAAAUAAAUUACCCAAUAACUUAAAACUGUAAAAAUACCAUAUGAAAUGGGCUAAUUCUCAUCUGGCGUUUGACAAAUAAAUAA